GUUCAUUCUGGAUUUUUGGCGGCUUCCGUACGUUGCUGUAACUUGUAGAACCCACUGAAAAUGGUAAGUAGUUCCUUGCCGCCAAAUAUUCUUUGAAUUACAGCGUGAAUGUAUCAGUGUACAUGUUGGCCAAGCUGGUGUGCAAAUGGGGAAUGCAUGCUGGGAAUUAUAUUGUCUGGAACAUGGUAUCCAGCCCGACGGACAAAUGCCAAGUGAUAAGACCAUUGGAGGAGGAGAUGACUCAUUCAACACCUUCUUUAGCGAGACAGGUGCCGGAAAACAUGUUCCAAGAGCAGUGUUCGUUGAUCUGGAGCCGACGGUGGUGGAUGAAGUGCGAACUGGCACUUAUCGCCAACUGUUUCAUCCGGAACAGUUGAUAACUGGUAAGGAGGAUGCGGCUAAUAACUAUGCUCGGGGUCACUACACGAUUGGGAAAGAAAUAGUGGACUUGGUUUUGGAUCGUAUUCGUAAACUAGCUGACCAGUGCACGGGGCUUCAAGGUUUCCUGAUUUUCCACUCAUUUGGCGGAGGCACGGGCUCAGGGUUCACGUCCCUCUUAAUGGAGCGUUUGAGUGUUGACUAUGGUAAGAAAUCAAAGUUGGAGUUUGCUGUGUACCCUGCACCUCAGAUAGCAACGGCUGUUGUUGAACCAUACAACUCCAUUCUGACAACGCAUACUACUCUAGAGCAUUCCGACUGCGCGUUUAUGGUGGACAACGAAGCCAUAUACGAUAUUUGCCGACGCAAUUUGGAUAUUGAGCGUCCGACUUACACAAACCUAAAUCGAUUGAUUGGGCAAAUAGUAAGUUCCAUCACAGCAUCACUGCGUUUCGACGGUGCUUUGAACGUGGAUUUGACAGAAUUCCAGACAAAUUUAGUCCCCUAUCCGCGUAUCCAUUUUCCUUUGGCUACUUAUGCACCUGUAAUCUCAGCUGAAAAGGCGUAUCAUGAACAGUUGAGUGUUGCAGAGAUAACAAAUGCCUGUUUUGAGCCAGCCAACCAAAUGGUGAAGUGCGACCCUCGUCAUGGGAAGUACAUGGCUUGUUGUAUGUUGUAUCGUGGGGAUGUGGUCCCCAAGGAUGUAAAUGCAGCAAUUGCAACCAUCAAAACAAAGCGCACUAUCCAGUUUGUAGACUGGUGUCCCACAGGUUUUAAGGUCGGUAUUAACUACCAACCACCGACAGUUGUUCCUGGUGGUGACUUGGCAAAGGUGCAGCGCGCUGUGUGCAUGUUGAGUAACACAACUGCGAUAGCCGAAGCCUGGGCUCGUUUGGAUCAUAAGUUUGACUUGAUGUAUGCCAAGCGUGCAUUUGUGCAUUGGUAUGUUGGUGAAGGUAUGGAAGAAGGUGAAUUUUCUGAGGCACGUGAGGAUUUGGCUGCACUGGAGAAAGACUAUGAAGAAGUUGGUGUUGACAGUGUUGAUGGAGAAGGUGAGGGUGAAGGAGAGGAGUACUAAGAUCCUUUCACUUUGUGUCAUGCCUCGUUGUUACUUUAUCUUAAUAAAAUUUUCACACU